AUGUAUUUUGCCCAACCCCCCAACUAUGAUCAGGUCGUACAGAUGAGUGCGCCUACUCCGGCACCCGUGCCAGUGACGAGCGCAAGUGGAUUCCCACAGCCUCCGCAGAUUCCCCUACCGACCUCGCCACAACCACCACCACCACAACUAGCAGCACCGCAACCACCACCAGCCCCCGGCGCUGAAGGCGAACAAGAGAAGAUGUGA